UCUGGAAACGAGCAAUUUAUUGUGUCCCCUCGAUACACGCGCGCCUUUUAUUACAGCGAUCGCGGAAACGUAAACACCUUUUAGUCGGCGCGAUCGGAGAAAAGAGGUUUUGUACUCGGCGUCGCGCGUCGUCGAAUAAAGCCCGUGCCGUGUAUUUUCAGCUUGUCGCGCGAAUCCGCCGAGGCGACCGUCUUUCUCUUAACGGGCAAUAACGACCGAUCCCGCGUCUUCUGCCAUUUUUACCGACAAACUACAACGCUCGUAAAGCAUCGCGUCGGCGUAAUUAAGAGUUCCACGCAGGAUUUGCCGUCCUGGUCGCCUCGGGAUUCGCUGCAAGCUACCUUUCCUUUUCUUUACGACACCGUACUCUGCUCACGGGCAAAUUUUUCUUGCCGAACAAAGCGUGGAAUCGAAACGAGCGCUGUUGUCGGAAGCGAGAAACAGGGAAGGAGGAGAAAGAGCGAGGGAGAGGGGGAAGGAAAAUCCAAAGAUGCAGUAAAGUACGACGCGAUCCGGCGGGGUCGUCCGACUUCUCCGCCACGGAUAAAAGGAUUCUUUCUUUCUCGUUAUCCUCGCGAGAAAUUCGCGAAAGGUCGACGAGCUUUUGCCACGGACCAACAUCCUCGGCCAAGGCGUCUGCCCGAACUGUUAACCUACGCGACGCGAGUUUCGAGCGCGUGCCGAGUUUUAUCGACGACGUAAAUCGUGUCGCGAAACUUUUGCCUCGAACCACCAAAGUUGUUUAUUUAGCUGUCCAAUUCGAAUUCGAUUAUCGCUCGUUCUCCGCGUUCACGCUCCGGAACACCCUGCGUGUACCUGAAUACCUAUAUAAAACCGCGCGCGCAUGUACCACUGUCGCCUUCGACCAAACUUACGAUCCGUAAACGGACAACGGAAAAACGUACGCUCUUCGAUUAACGCUCGAUCAAGCGAGAAGCGUUCGAUCCUUUCGCUCGUAAAUCUGCUUCUUUUUAUUUUUCGCGCGACGAGACGCCUCUUCCUCGUGUCCGUUUCCCCCCGAACGUAUUUUUAAGCAGCGAGAUUUACUCCAAACAAAAACGCGGAGUUUAUCGAUCAUUUCGAAGCACGUUUACACGUCGUAACCUCAGGUACAACAACGACCGACAGCCUUGGCCCCCGCAAAUGUUCGUUACACGACACGGCACGGGUUCCCCGAUCGUUCGUGAAUUCGUAUCGUGCACGAUUAGUCGAAACGAAUCGAGGGAACCGUCGCGUGUGCCGCUUACCUAAGUUAUUCCCGCGCUCCGUAAACACUCGAGCACCGUAUUUGGCUAUAGCGGGGCGCGUACGAAAGGGAGAGGAGGCAAGUCGACGUUGGCGAGCACGCGUUCGACCGCCAGCUGCACCUCCGAUCACCGAAUCGGCGCGAUCUCAUUGUCCGCCGACCGCGUCGUAGGCGAAACGCUAUCUGGUCGAAUUCGCCUCGUGGUUGGAUCGAUCUGGAUCGCCGUAUUCUCCAGCUACGCGUAAACCUCGCGAAAGGAGAUCGAGCAAAGGCGUUGUUUCCUUCGGAAAGAAACGUUUCCGAAAAACGCGUAGAGCGAUCGGUGGUGCCCUGUUCCGCUCCGAGACCCCACGCUUUUCGCGCUGAAACGACCACGCCCUUACUCUGUCGUCCGUCGGUGAAUCACACCUGGUUCCUAUCUCGCCACCCGAACGUUCCCUAUCUACACGCGACCACCAUAACUGGAACAACUGCUGAUAACUCGCGAAAAUUCCCGCGAAAGAGAAAGGAAGGAGUUAGCGCAACGCGAAAAGGAAACACGAUGGAGAAACGCCGCUUCUUCUCCUUCGAUUUUCGAUCGAAGUGUAAAAACCGAGCGAAACGAUCGAAUUCGAAAGAAAUCCUGGCAAGAAGCGAAACGCGCUCCAGCUCCCACGUGUUUCGCGCGAACCAGUAAUCGCGUUCUGCUCGCCUCGUUAGCUCGUGUUCGAUGAAUCACUAGUGUCUCCGUGAACACGCGAGCGGCUAACCUGUUCGCCGUAACUGGAGCGCUUCUUGGGUGUUUCGCGACAUUUGCUCCAACAGCGGAGGAGAGAACGUUUUAAUCGUUCGCCUCGUGGCUCGUUUAGUCCGAUUCUCGACGUUUAGUCGGGCCGGUCCAACUUUCCUCACCGAUGGCCGUUUAACGAACCCGGCCGAGGUAGAAUGAACGAAAUUAACGGUUCGAACCGCUCGAGUUCGGAGAAAAUACGAGUGUCGAACGCGUUGUAUGUAUACGACGCGACGUUUCGGCCCACGCGGUUGUUUGGUCAGCGUGACGAGAUUUCGCGUGGGAUUCGGUUAGACGCGUUUCGUUCGAUCGAGAAACGCUUGCUCGUCCGAAAUAAGGAAAAAGGUCGAUCAACGCGCGUACCAUCAAGGACGCGAUUAGAUUUAUCGCGAUCGGAUGAUUUCACUCGAUGCACGCGGCUCCGUCGAUACGUACCGUCGCGAUUCCCUUGAAUCUUGACGCGUAACACUCUGCCGCGGAAUUGCGUGUCUCGCGGACCCAGAAUUAUUUUUACGCCUUUUGUCAUUAUUUAUCGAACGCGUGCCGGGACUACCGAGAGAAACUUUGAAUAUUCAGAGUCGCCCACACGAGCGUCUUCAAGGACCUCGACGCGUUCGAGCCAGGAAGAUUCUACCGGAUUCUUCUUCUUCUCCUUUUUCUUCCUCUGCUUUUGCUUCUGCUGCUGCUGCUGCUGCUCCCGAGAGACGCGCUUACGUAACUCGAGUGUUUCGUUGCUCGUUUUUUCGCUGCUCUCGUUCCGAUCAAAAAGUACCAUUGUCAUCGAGUCGAUUUUAUCUAAACGGGCUACCGGUUACGACUUUCAACGCGUCAACGAUCGAAGCAGAUUCGGGCGCGGCGAUUCCGAGCGUGCUCGUUAAGCCGGGAACUUGCAGCGACGACGUGUAUAAGGAAACGCGAAGAACCGGCCGUUGAGAAAUCUACGCUUCGCGAAACGACGCGAGACCGAGAAUAUAGGUUGCAUUCUCGUGCGACUCUCGCCGCGCGAAUAAAACGCGUCCUCUCGCUUGCAAGAAAAAAAAUGAAAAUCUUGUCCACGUUGCAGGCUGCGACUACGAAGCGAAGAUCGUAGCCUCGAUCGCGCUUGUUCACCGAGAAACUUAAUAUUCCAUUCUAUUCGCCGUACGCGCUCGAAUUUAUCGUAACAGCAUCUACCGUGUUUAUGUAAAUGUUCGCGAUGUUCUUCUCGAUGAAGCGCGAAUCGCGAAGCAGUCUGCCACGCAAUCGCGCAACGUUGUCCGCUCGUCGUUUCGUCCGCUCUUCGGCCGGAAAAUAUAUUCGCUUCGAAAGCAAUAAUUUAAACGUAACUAUUACGCUCGGUCACCAAAAUGGCGAAGCGCGGUAAAAACUUGCAGCGUCGUACCGAAUAGAGUCGCAAGAUACGAGACGUCCCGUCGAGCAAACUCGCCAGGCAAACCAACGUGACGCGUAAAAGAACGCGCUCGAUCGGUUGAUUAGCUCGCCAUUAAUUGUCAGCGUUCUUUAAACAUUUUUUUCCCGCUAGCGUAGAUCAUCGAGAAUGCAUGUGAGAAUAGGAAAUACUCCAUCGUGUGGCAUGAAGCUAUGCGCCGCCAUUGGCGAGAUGGCGAAUCUGAUUUCCUUCCUUCCCUUUCGACACGACUACGUACCGUAAAUCAUUGAUCACGGCUAUCUCGCGAACUCGAAUCGAUUUAUCCGCUUUGUUUAGCAAGUGUUACAAAGUUGUAGCGAGUGGCGUUACCAGCGAAGGCACCUCUGGCUGUACCGAAUAUAAACCCUCAGAAUCUGGUAAUGAUGGGCAGCUUCCCAGAGUGCGAGGUGAAACUGUGCGAUUUCGAGAUCUCGAGAGUGGUGUUAGAGGGGACGGAGGUUCGUGAGAUCUUGGGGACACCGGAUUACGUGGCGCCCGAAAUCUUGCACUACGAACCUAUCACGUUGGCCGCUGACAUGUGGUCUCUGGGUGUUACGACGUACGUGUUGUUGACGGGGUUCUCUCCGUUCGGCGGCGAGACCGAUCAAGAAACGUUCCAAAAUAUUUCUCUAGGCGAGGUAGACUUCCCGGAGGAGCUGUUCGGAGACGUCUCGGCGCAGGCAAAAGAUUUCGUCGCGAAGCUUCUGGUGCUAGACCCAAGCGCACGAAUGACCGCGAAACAAUGCCUGCGUCACGAUUGGUUGCGCGCGGCACCUACACAAGCGUCGCCUCACCUGAGAAGAUACCUGUCGAAAUCGAGGGAAGUCCUUCUGGAGCGAGUGGUCGGCAGGGAGAAUCUGCGAAGAGCGGCGCUCUUGAGCCAAGCGAGCAGCCAAGCGAAUCUGUCGAGCGACGUUCAAGAGUCGAAUCAUCGCGAUCAAAGUUUGCAGGACUGUUUGCUGAGUCAAAGCGAGAUGUGUCUGAGUCACCGGCUCACCGGAAGCCGAUCUAGCCUCGAGGGUAGCGAAGACUUCCCGAGUCCGGCCGACUCUCGAACCAGUCUAAAUUCAUCCAGAACGAAUUUAAGUUGCGCCAGCCAGAGCUAUUUGCUGAACAAAGAGCAAACUCAAGGCUUGCUGAGUCGCGCUCAGAGUCGAUCGCAAGCGAAUCUGAAUCACGGUCCCAGCCGAGGUUUGCUGUCCAGAAUACGAAGCCUGAAUCGAAUUCAAUCGCAGGCGUGUUUGCUCAACGGGAAUCCCUCGGCAACCUCGAGUUCGUUGCAAACGCGAAUGAUAAUAAAUCCGGUGAUGAGCAAAUCGCGAGAGAAGCUUUACGGUCUGAGAUCGUUGUCGAAGUCCCAAGGGAUGUUGGACAUAUACCGUAGCCUGGAGUGUCUCCGACGAAGAAGGAAGAGCUAUCAGCGUGCCAAGACCGAGGACAUGUUGCCCAUCUUCAAACGAUUAGGCGCCGAAAUCGAUGCUUCGCACGCUUACGUCGUGGACGAUCGUCUCUCCUGCGACGACAUACCCAGUCUCGGUGAAACGAAGAAACGUUUCGAUGAGGAAAACGCGAACGUUCCAAAGGUGGAAGUGUCUCGACCGGAGGAGACUAUCGAUCGCCUCCGAGCCGAUGCCGACAACGAAAUCUCGAACAUUUUAUCGUCGCCCGAGGUCCAGCCAGAUGAAAAAAUAGAGGAUCAACCGGAAAUAUCGAGUGGACAGUCUUUCGAAUCGGAGGAGAAUCUCGACUCGUUGAAAUCGAUCGAAUCGGACACGCUCACCGAAGAGUCGGACGAAACGCCGAUGACUCGCGAAACGAAUCGUGAAUCGAAUCUGAUAGCCGGUAAACGAGCUUGUCAACGCCAACACUCGGACGCAUCGAGUCACUCGAACAAUUCGGCAACUUCGGACGACAAAGAGGACCGUUCGACCGAGUCGGAAACCGACGAACCAAAGUACACGGUGGCGCAGCUUGUCUCAGCGUUUAACAAACACCAGGAAGUCGCCUCGAGAACCAGCUUGGAAGCGAUAAUGACCGAGAAGAGGAUAAACGAGGUAACUUUCCCGACCGGAACAAAGGCGCUGAGGCUCUUUAUACCGGACAUCAACAUCAGCGAAAGUAAGAUCGUUAGGCGAAAGACCAGUUACAAGCCGCGGAAGAAUUGGGAAGAGCUGAGAAAAAAGAGCGAGAAGAACGAAGGGAUUCUGAAGAACUUUGUCAACGAUUCGGCAAACGAGGACGAAGACGAGGAUAACGAUAAUCGAGAAAAGAUCAAGGUCGAAAGUGACGUUCCUCCUUCGAACGACGAAAACAAGUUGGAUAACGAGGAAGCGAAAGAAAAAUGGGACAAAGAGGACCGAUGGUCGAUGAUCGUUCCACCGAUCGAAAUCAACGGUGAUUCCAUCUUUGCGGAAGAUUCGACUCGCAACAACGUCGAUACCACGAUAGACGAGAAAUACAAGCGUUGCGUAAAGGGUGCCAAAUUAAACGCGACGGAAGCAUCGAACGAAAAGCUUCAGAAGACCACGACUUUCACUCGUCAAAAAGAAAGACUUCCAAAUUACAUAUAUCCUGAAGUAACGUGCCACGUUAAGGAAGAUUCGCAGGACACGAUUAAAAGGACGGUUUCCUCGGUUUCGAACGGGAAAUCAAACCCAAAGGUGCAGAGAACGGAUCGACCGAAACCUUGCGCAACGGAAUGCGUCAACGUAAACUUGAAAGACAUUCUACAAAGGGUGGACACGUUCCAAAGCACGCCGAAAGAGAAUUUGGAAAAUUUACGGAAAAGAACAUCGAUAGCCAAGAUAAUCUUAAACGACAAUUUUGUUCACGACAAUCAAGAUUCGAACGAGAGUGGAAAUCGAGGAAGUAGUCGUGCCAAAAGUGAACCGCCUUCGAGCUCGCCUUCCAAAGAAGAAGAUAAUAAAACGAAACUGGUCGUGCCACCCUCCUUCGUAAGAUCCUCUUCUUUGUCCAGCGACAGCAGCUGUCCAACACCUUCCAGCGUGCAGUCGGACGUGAACGUCUCUUGGGAGGAUGUUCAGCAGACGGAGAAGGAGGACCCCAGCAAAGUUCGAAGAAGAAACGAGAUCCAGAGAACCUCGAGCGAAGGAAGGAACAAACAGUGCACGGAAGACAAAAGACUUUGGGGCAGAGUUUGCACGGGAUCCUACAGCAGAGCCAUGGAGAAAUUCAACAAGAACAACGACGCCAGUAAAAAGCCUGUCAGUCAGUUGAACGGAUCGCAACAAAACGAGAAAAUCAGGAGGAAAAGCAGUCCCGCGAUGUCUCAAUACGUCAACUCGUAAAAACAGACUUCUUCGCGAACAUUUCUAGCGUGCUCGGACUUUCCCGAUUUUGGUGACUCAGACCAGAAUUCUGUCAACCGAACGGAGGAAUUUUUUCUUUUUUUUUUACACGACAUCCUUUGUCGGACCAGAAAUGAGCGGACAACCUUGACCAUCGGUGAAACGAUAUCGCGCGAUCGGAAUUUUAACGUAAGCCGUCAACUUCCAUGGCAGCAGAGUUGAUAGACGAAUAAUCCGCGAACGUGUGUCAUCGAAUCAUACGCAACAAACGGUAACCCGUCAUUUACAUCCCACCCGAGAGUCGUGUCGUCAUACAUGGAGAUCUAACGCGAUCAAUCGUCGCAGCCGUAUCCUUGACUUAAUCUCCAUAUCGAGCGGUGUCUCGGAACAAUUUUAAAGCGCGUAGAAUCGAUCAGCGAGAGGAAAUCGCGCUACUCGUCGAUUAUGAAAAAAAGAAAGUUAAUCUACGGUGCUGAUUUCGUGUUUAAAAGCGAUAAGUUAUAACGAAGUCGAUAAAUACACGAUCGUGGCAAUGAUUUCCUUACGAGGACAAUUAUGAUAAUGACUCGUUCUAAACAAAUAUCUCGAGUAAGUAAACGCGAGAACAUGACUGCGCGACGAUGGCGAAAUCUUUGCUGAAGAAACUACGAGAAGCAUUGAACUGUUAAUGUAAGAAACGUAUGCAUUUUUCAUUAUGCACAUUACGCUUCGACGAGCAGAUGCUUAAUCUUCGAAGAAAUUAUUGAAAGAACGUCGUAACUCGCGUUCAGGAAAAUUGCUCACUCACGAGAUUAUCCUUUUACGAUGCAGCUAUCUACUAAUUUUACUGUCUAUCGAACUUUUUUUUGAAGUGUUAGCAGUCACGAUUUAAUUGGCGCAAAUCGAAAGCGAUCGUUCAAUUUAUAUCGUAGUGCUUGGCAUUUUAUCGAAGUCGAUAGGUACAUAGAAUUAUACCGCGUUUAGAUUUUAAUCCAACGACCGAUUCAAUUUUGUAUCAAAAUUAUCUCAAUAAAGACUCUUGCCCAUUGAA